AUGGCCGUGCGCUCUCGCCGCCCGUGGAUGAGCGUGGCGCUGGGGCUGGUGCUGGGCUUCACGGCCGCGUCGUGGCUCAUCGCCCCGCGGGUGGCCGAGCUGAGCGACAGGAAGCGGCGCGGCGGCUCCAGCCUCUGCUCCUACCGCGGCCGUUCGGCCGCCGGGGCUCGCGCGGGCGCGCAGCAGUCCCCCCUCCAGUCCCGGCCGCGCCGGCUGCAGGAGCCAUCGUCGUCUUCGUGGUCGCCGCCCCCUCCGGGGCAGCCUGAGCUCCCCGGGCCACCGCUGCCCGACGUGGCACCCGGAGUGACCGCUUUCCCGAGCGCUGCCCAGUUAAGGCCACCGCCGGCGCCGCUGUCGCAGAGGCGGAGGGGACGCGGUGCCGCCGAAGGCGCCGCGGCGCUUCCCGGAGCUCCUGUGGUCCGCGGCGCCGAGGAGGAAGGGGAGGAUGGGGGCGCGGCCGGUCGGCGGCGCCCCGGGGGGGCACGGCUCUGGAGCAGUCACAACGGCAGCGGGCACGGGGGUGCCACCGCCCCGAGCGCCCGACCCCGGGACUUCCUGUACGUGGGGGUGAUGACCGCGCAGAAGUUCCUGGGCAGCCGCGCGCUGGCGGCGCAGCGGACCUGGGCACGCUUCAUCCCCGGCCGCGUGGAGUUCUUCUCCAGUCAGCAGCCUCCUCCCGAUGCCAGCCGGGGCCAGUCCCAGCCGCCGCCGCCGCCACCCCUGCCUGUCAUCGAGCUGCCCGGGGUGGACGACUCCUACCCACCCCAGAAGAAGUCCUUCAUGAUGAUCAAGUACAUGCACGAUCACUACUUGGACAACUACGAGUGGUUCAUGCGCGCAGACGACGAUGUCUACAUCAAAGGUGACAAGUUGGAAGAGUUUCUUCGAUCACUGAAUAGCAGUAAGCCCCUCUACCUGGGACAGACUGGCCUUGGCAAUGUGGAGGAGCUCGGGAAGCUGGGGCUGGAGCCCGGGGAGAACUUCUGCAUGGGGGGACCUGGCAUGAUCUUCAGCCGCGAAGUGCUCAGGCGCAUGGUGCCGCACAUCGGGGAAUGCCUCCGGGAGAUGUACACCACCCACGAGGACGUGGAAGUUGGGAGGUGUGUCCGCCGCUUCGGGGGGACCCAGUGUGUCUGGUCGUAUGAGAUGCAACAGCUGUUUCACGAGAACUACGAACACAGCCGGAGAGGCUACAUCCAAGACCUGCACAACAGCAAGGUGCACGCGGCCAUCACGCUGCACCCCAACAAGAGGCCCGCCUACCAGUACCGGCUGCACGGCUACCUGCUCGGCCGCCGCAUCUCCGAGCUGCGCCAGCGCACCGUGCAGCUGCAGCGCGAGAGCGCGCUCAUGGCGCGCCUGGCCCGGGGCCCCGGGGCCGCCGCCGAGGACCCGCAGCAGCCGCCGCCCUUCAGCCCCUUCCAGCCCCGGCGGAGGAGCGAGGUGCUGGAGUGGGACUUCCUGAGCGGCAAGCUCCUCUACUCGGCGGCCGAGGGCCAGCCUCCCCGGCAGAGCCUGGGCGGCGCGCUGCGCGCCGCGCUGGACGACGUGGUGCUGCAGGUGAUGGAGAGCAUCAACCAGAACGCCAAGAGCCGGGGCCGCCUGGUGGACUUCAAGGACAUCCAGUACGGCUACCGCCGCGUGGACCCCACGCACGGGGCGCACUACAUCCUCGACCUGCUCCUGCUGUACAAGCGGCACAAGGGGAGGAAGCUCACCGUGCCCGUGAGACGCCACGCCUACCUGCAGCAGCUGUUCAGCCGGCCUUUCUUCCGCGAGAGGGACGAGCUGGACGUGCGCAGCCUCGUGGACAGCAUCAACCACCGCGGGGACCCCGGGCCCCCCGCGCCCGCCUCGGGUCCCCUGGAGACGCCCUCCGCCGCCUCCCCGCCGGGGCGCAGCGGCGGCACGGGAGGGCGCGCCGCGGCGCAGCAGCAGAAAAUCCACAUGCUCGUGCCCCUGGUGGGCAGGUACGACGUCUUCGCCAGGUUCAUGCAGAACUUCGAGAGGACGUGUCUGGUCCCCCGGCAGAACGUGAAGCUGGUCGUGGUCCUUUUCAGCAGGGAGCCCGGCCAGGGCGCCGACGGCCACGUGGAGCUGAUCCGGGACUAUCAGAGCCGGUACCCUGGCGCGGAGAUCACCCUGAUCCCCGUGGAGGGCCCGUUCUCCAGGGGUCUCGGUCUGGACACGGCCUCCUCCCACUUCGACAACGACACGCUGCUGCUCUUCUGCGACGUGGACCUGAUCUUCCGGGCAGAUUUUCUGCAACGAUGUAGACAGAACACGGUCCAGGGGCGGCAGGUGUACUACCCCAUCAUCUUCAGCCAGUACGACCCCAAGGUGACCCACGCCCGAGACCCCGCCGCCGACGACUUCGUCUUCUCCAAGGAAACUGGGUUUUGGAGAGACUACGGCUACGGGAUCGCGUGUAUUUACAAAAGCGAUCUCCUGGGUGCUGGCGGGUUCGAUACCUCCAUUCAAGGCUGGGGCCUGGAAGACGUGGAUCUUUACAACAAGGUUAUUCUGGCUGGCUUGAGUCCCUUCCGAAGUCAAGAGGUUGGCGUGGUCCAUGUUUUCCACCCUGUCCAUUGCGAUCCUAACUUGGACCCUAAGCAGUACAAGAUGUGCUUAGGAUCCAAGGCAAGUACUUCUGCCUCAACCAUGCAGCUGGCUGAACUCUGGCUGGAGAAAUAUCUGGGUGUCAGGUACAAUCGAACUCUCUCCUGACAGUAAGGGCAACUACAACGUAUUGCUUUUUUUUGUUUUUAAGGGGAGUUUACCUCAUUGCUGGUUGGUGUUAUUUUUUUUUGUUAAAUUUUUAUUGUUAUUAUAUAAUUUUAUUUUGUUGUCAUGGUCUUAAACUACUCCUGGUGUCUUCCAAAGGGUGUCUGUUGGCCUUGAUCAAGAAAAGUCACUGAUAUUUCAGAGUUCUACUGAAGUCAAUAUGUGUAUUACUUUUACAUGACUUUAUUUGAGAUUGCGUUAAAUCGCACCACUCAAAUGGACUCUUGAAGCUCAUUUAUCACAAGGGACAGCUUCGAAGAAUGUUCUUAGGGCUUAAAGAUGCAAUAUCGACUUUUAUUUUGUUUGUCAACUUCAAUGUGAUACAAAUAUUUACUGGUGAAAAGGUACCACAAAAGUGCUUUAUGCUUCCUAUGGGGAAGGGACUCUGUAACAUAAACUUGAGUUUUGUAAUUUAUACGAGGACUUAAAUAUAUAGACAAUAAUUUUCUUCAUAUUUAAAGUUUUUUAAAGUAAAUGAACAACUAUGAUUGUAUGUUUAUUUAAAAUAAUGUUUUAAAAAUUGAGGAGUAUUAUUCUACAAGUAACCGGUACUGGCUACCCUGGUCUCAUAACAGUUAAGAGCUCCUCACAACUGUCUGCUAUAAAUGCGAAUGAACUUUAUUUUCUCAAGGAAAUAUGAUUUAAUGGGAUAUUCAUGUACAUUUUAGAAGCUUUAUGAAACAAUGUCCUUCAUUUGCUGGCAAGAAGAUAAAAUAUGACAGAACCUGUUUAUUUAUAAUAAAAUACAGGUAUAACCGUAUUCUUUUUCAAAAACA